AUGAAGGUCCUUCGAAGAGACGAUCUUGCACAAGCUUGGGCGUCAAAAACAGAAAUUUGGACAGCUUUUGAGACAGCGCUCACUGGCUGCAUGGUUGCCUUCAGCUGUUUGGAAGCAGAAACACGUGGCCUUCGGUCUAAGAACCCGGGAGUCUGGGCUAAGAUUAAGUUCAUCUGGAACCAAGACCGCCUCAAGGAGCUGCUAGGUGCGCUCAGAGGGCAGCAAUAG